CUUCUUCAGUCCAUUCUUUCAAACGGUUUCGAUAUGCAUCCCUGUUCUUAUUGCGACAGUCGAGGCCUGCAAUCGUGUAUCGUUUCUCCUUACGAUUCAUUCCGUUGUUCGGAGUGCGUUUCCCAGAAUUGCGCUAAGUGCGACGUUCUGGAGCUGAUGAACGCUGCUGAACUCCUUCUUACCUCCACUCAGCAUCGAAAGCUGGAGGAUGAGAUAGAAGAGUUAGAGUUAAAGUUGCUUCGGCUGCAUCAACAAAAGAAGAUGUGGCAUGAGAGGAUGUCUCGGGCUAUUCGUCGAGAUCUCAAGAACCUCGAAGAGCUUGAGAAAGAGGAAGCUGAGGAGGCUGAAGCUGAGAGGGUGCGUGUUGCUGCUGAAGUGCAGGCUGUGGUAGCUGAGGAAUCU